GCUGGUCAGUUAUUCAGUGAAAAAACACUAAUUUGAGGCUAUUUAAUUAUUCGACAUUAGAUAUAACCUAAAAUGGCUAAAAAAUCCUCCCAAAUCGGAGCUAAGUUACUCCGUUUAACCAACCUGCAUAAUAUUACCGUUAAACAAGUGUACGCUUACGUUAAAGCCCUUCAUUUGCAUAUUCGCAAACAGAACCAGAAAAUUCGCGUGUUGCGUCGAAAGCUAAAAAAUGUGCGAAAAUUGCAUAGACUAAAAUCAUCGAAUCGACAACAUAACUCGGAUGAGGAUUCCGAAAAGGAAAAUGCAGACGAUGAUGUAAUGCAAGCCUUAGAAAGGGCAGAAAAACAGCAGAUACUGGAACAAAACGCUGCCAACAACGACGAACCGUUAGAUGUGAAAGCUUUCGUUGAUGAUAUCAAAAAGACUGCCGAAGACUUCGAUUAUCAAAAUCGGUACAUUUAUGAACCCACUUCCGGGUUGUAUUAUGAUCCGGUUACUGGAUAUUACUAUAAUGCUAUCUAUGGUUUACACUACGAUGGUCAACGUGGAUGUUAUCUGAAGUAUAACGAAAAAACUCAGCAGUAUGAGUUCCACUCGCAAGUUAUGCCGGAGAAGACACUUGAAGACAAGAAGCACUUAGCGCAGCAAAAGAAACGGAAAGAGGAAAAACCAAUCGAUCGUUCCCGCCGUAGGCAGUCUUGGGAGACGACGGAAGAAAGACCCAAACGCCUUGCCCGGUCACGCAAUCGCCGUCGCAACCGAAGUCGUUCGAGAGGAGACCGAGAAAGAAGCUACAGUGAUAGUGAGAGCAGUCAAAAACGACGAAUGCAGUCCCGCAAACGAAGGCAACAAAGUGGAUCGCGUUCUUCGCCGGAGGUGCUGGAAAGCAAGACCCCAGGAUGCUCUUCGGAUGAAGAUAUUCAGUCAUUUUUCCGAUUCGUACGAAACACACCGCAAAAGAAGCGGAACAGAAGACGCGGCCGCGAUUCUGCUGACCAUCGAGAGGACGGCGAGUUGGAUAGUAGUAGCAGCAGUAGCAGUAGCUGCGAGUGCGACUCCGGAUCGGUAGUUAUAGUGAAGUCCAGCGCGUCCGAAUCGGAUGGAGCGGCAGUUGAGUUUCCAGGAAGAUAUUCAGAAACGGUUAAAAAUUAUCCACCUUCUUUGAGAUUGAUUGUGCAGAAAACGAACAUUGAUGCUUUAAGAGAGGGGUCCUUAUUUAUCGUAACCUGUAAGGGUGGUACGCUAGGACGUGAAGGCAAUCAUGAUGUUAUCAUUCCUGACCUGAACGUAUCUAAAUAUCACCUUAAAUUUAGCUAUAGCGAUAAGCACGGCGUGUACCAAGUGGUAGAUUUGGGUUCACGAAACGGCACCAUUUUGAACGGAACUCGGAUGAGUGGAACAAUGCAAGAGAGUGAUCCGUUCGACAUUGAGCAUGGGCACGUAAUUCAGCUGAAUCAAACUAUCCUGGUGUGUCACGUGCACGAUGGUAAUAUUACUUGUAACGCUUGUGAGCCUGGCCUGCUGGUGAAGGGAUUAGGCAGACGAAGCGGAGCCGGAAUACGGUACGACGCAAACCGUAUUACUGAGCCGGUCAGUCACAAGGAGGGGCUCAAGCGACUUCAAAAGAUGUAUGGACUGGAAAAUGAAAAAUAUAUUGAACCGACUGAGGUUAAUUUGGCUGAUUAUAAAGACCGAGCAGCACAUCGACGAAAGACGAAAGGUAGUAGCAACGAGCAUGCCAAAACACAGGUUGCUUCCGUCGAACAACAUAUCGGUAGUGAAAAUAAAGGCUUCAAAAUGCUAUCCAAAUUGGGUUGGAGCGAGGGACAGGCGUUGGGGAAAAAAGAAGAAGGUCUUCUGGAGCCAAUACCACUCCUUACGAACGUUGGCACCAGUGGUCUGGGUAGUCAAGCUCUCGCGCAACCUACAGCUGGACAGUCGGCGAACGAGCGGAAGCAAAUGAUAUGGAAAAUGGCCCAGAAGCGCUAUGAAUCGUGUGCAGAAGUCAUGGAAAAGAAGACUUCCGGUGAUAGUAGUGCUAAGUCACCUGCUGCAUCCCUUGCGCAGCACAUCGGAAGCGAAAACAAGGGAUUCCAGAUGUUGUCGAAACUAGGGUGGAAUGCGGGCGAAACGUUAGGCGCCAAUGAAGAUGGUUUGAAGGAACCCAUUAAGCUGCUGACUAACGUAGGCACCAGUGGACUGGGUAGUCAACCCUUGAAAGAUCCGAGUCGUGUGGCGGCAGGAAAUGCAAGCAAAAAACUAAUAUGGAAAAAGAGACAGAAGAAAUGUGAAACAAAUGACAUGUUUGGAGUAUCAGAUUCAGAGUAAAAUUGUAGAAUAAA